AUGGUACGCAAGAAGGUGAAUCUCCAGUGGAUCUCCAACAAUGCUACUCGACGUGCCACAUACAAGAGACGCUACCAGUCCCUGGUAAAAAAGGCUAGUGAGCUCACCACACUUUGUGGCACUAACAUGUGUGUGGUGGUGUAUGCUGAUAGCAAGGCUCAGCCGGAUGUGUCGCCCUCCGAUGAAGAGGCCAAAAAACUCCUCAAGAAAUUCAAGGACAUGCCAAAUGUCGACAGCUUGAAGAAGACACAGAGCCAGGCGGAGUUCCUCCAAAGACGCACGUUCAAGCUCCAUGAGGAGACAAGCAAGUUGGAUCAAGAGAAUCGUGAGCGUGAGACCUUGGUCCUCUUGCAUGAUAGCUUGGAUGGACAUCGUCCAGGCCUCGUUGGCACCACCAAGGACGAGCUCCUAAGCCUUAAGGAGAUUGUGGAGAUGAAGAUGAACAAAGCCAAAGCACGGAUCGAGCAGCUUGUCGGCGGAAAGGAAGCUCUCCCAGAUCCAUUUCAGGUGAUGCUACCAGUUUCAUCCUCAUCGCAGACACAAGCUUCUUCCUACACCUACAAUGAGAUGCAAAUCAUGGUGCCACUAGAGGAACACCAGAUGCAGAAGGAUUGGCCGCUUGCAAGCCUGCUGGAGGCAAACUAUGGGGAGCUCGGCACUGCACUCUAUGAUGGCUUUGUAGGCAGCAGCAGGGACACCAGCGGAAGUGGAUUCCAAAUGAUGCAGCCCGUGGCCACAGUAGUGCAUGGAACUAAAUUUUCCAACUGUGCGUGGCCAGCUCUUGUAUGUUUUUUGUUGCAUUUCAUCUGUUACUCUUAAGGGUCUUGUCCUAGGGUCACCAUUGCAUCCCAUGUCUAGUGCUUCAUGGCAGAAUAGUUUGAGUUGGUCUUCAUAAUUGUUUCAUGUCUACCAAUAUGUACGCAUGCAUCUCUGUAUCCCUCUCAAUUGUUGAGACAAAUGAUAUUGUUACUUGUGGUUCUAUUUUG